AUGGCUUCCUCUGUAGACCGAGAAGAAACACGUCCUCUGCAGAAGAGGAUCUGGUAUCGCACGACUCUGUUUAAUGCGUUUGUGAUUGGCGGGGUAGGCUUCCUGGCGCCGGGCCUCUGGAACGCCAUGAGCGCCCUUGGUGCUGGGGGCGCUCAAUCACCAUUUCUCGUCAACGCUGCGAACUCGCUUGUCUUUGGGCUAAUGGGGUUUCUGUGCUUGCUUGGUGGGCCCAUAUCGAACAGGAUUGGACUGAAUUGGACUCUUUGUCUUGGUGCGAUUGGAUAUCCGAUUUAUUCUGCAGGGCUAUACACCAACAAUCGUUAUGGCAACAACUGGCUUGUAUUGGUUGGAGCUGCCUUUUGCGGCAUCUCUGCUGGUCUAUUUUGGGCUUCCGAAGGCGCUGUUGCCCUAGGUUAUCCCGAGGCUUCGAAGAGGGGAAAAUAUAUGAAUAUUUGGCUGAUUUUCCGCACUGGGGGACCACUUGUCGGGGGAGCCAUUGUGCUUGCGCUGAAUCAUGGCGCUCAACAGAAGAAGAAGGGCAAAGUUGGAUAUGAGAUAUCAGAAACCUAUCUGGUGUUUAUCGCGCUUCAAUGCAUUGCCGCCCCGCUAGCACUGUUGCUCACUCCGCCGGAAAAGGUCCAGCGUUCAGAUGGGACCAAAGUGAAAAUUGUUGCCGAAAAGUCAUUCAUCGCUGAGAUCAAGGCACUUGGAAGGGCAUUGGCUAGGCGUGAUAUUCUAUUAUUACUGCCUAUUUUCUGGGCUGCUUACUUCAACCAGUACAAUUCAAAUUUCCAAACGUAUUACUUCGGAGUUCGCGCACGAGCCCUAAGUGGAUUUGUUAUCAACUUCGCGGGUUUACUUUCAUCUUACCUGAUUAGUCUAUUGCUUGACUACAAGAAAUUUCCCGUCAAGAAGCGCUUGAAUAUUGGCUUCUAUUGGGUGAUUUUCUGGCAUCUCGUUGCUUGGAUCUACGCCUGGGUAAUCCAAGAAAAGUACACCGGACACCCGCCUACCUGGGAUUGGGAGGACUCUGGAUUCGUCGAAGGGUUUUUCGUCCUAGCAUUCUGGCAAUUUUCGCAGCAGUCCCUGCAGAACUGGCUAUAUUAUUUCGUGUCUACGAAAACCGACAACAUUUCUGAAUUGUCGCGUUUCACUGGUAUUCUUCGCGGACAGGAGAGCUUUUCCCAAGCCGUCUCUUACGGGUUAAAUACACGUGAAUGGAAAGGUGGUCGUGUUCCUCUUGCUGUCAAUACAAUACUUCUUGGUCUUGCAGUAAUACCCACAUGGAUCGCUAUGCGUGAACAUGUCCCGGUUGAGUCGGACAAGAGUUACGGAUUCGAGGGCCACAGUGAUGAAGAAGUCCCGUCGGAGGACAUUCUGACUACGCAGACGAGCAAGGUUGUGGCGGUCCAAAGUACUGUGCAGCGUUAA